GACACCCCACAUCGAAGCCACACAGAGCCUGGACCUUCCUCUCCCACUGAUGGGGAAACUGGGGCAGGGGAGGCUGCUGGUGAUCCCAGUGUCCCAUGGGAUCAGUGGCCGGACGCUGCCACCACCCCACAGUGUCACUGCACAGGGCAGGGACCCCUCGGGGUCCCUCUGCAGAGCUCCGGAGCAUCCACACCCAUCUGCUCACAGAUUUUUUUAGCCCCCAGCUGCCCUGCCCCGGAGCAGGUGCCUGGGAAUGGGAUUUAUCCACAUGAUAGCAUCCUGGGAGCAGCUCGGAGCUGUGGGAUCCUGUGGGAUUUAGGUUGAAGCUUCGAGCCAGGUGAUUCCUUCCCUGACCCUCUCAAGGUCUUCUUUCUCCAGGUGUAGGAAUGAGAUAUCUGCUUCUCCUGACAUUUGUCACAUCUCCAGGACCUUCUGAGCUCCUCAAAGGAGGGAGAGAGGAAGCUCUGGAAUGGAGAAUCCUGGAGGAAAAGCAGCACUCCACACCGCUCUCAUCUCCACAGGUUUUCCCAUCUCCCUGCUUGCAGAGCCAGGGAAUGCUCCCCUGCCAGGGUGCCCAGGCCAGGUGCUCCCGUGCUCCAGGAGGCAGGUGCUGCUGGACUGGGAGCCUCCUUGGAUUUCCAGCAUUCCCUCCCUGCUUGUUCUUCCCAGUGAAGCCUGGGGAAACCUCAGGAUGGGCAGCUCCGAGUGGCCCAUCCAGGACUCCGUGUCCACCUCGCCCGCCGCUCGUGCGUGCGGUUGGGAAGUCUUGAGCCCUCCCUGCCUUCUCCCUUCCCCUCCCCACUGGAAUCCGCCUUUCGGGAUCAAAAAUCCUCCUGGCUAUUUAUAAAGCGCCGGUGGAGCCCCCUCGGCUCCCGCUCCCGGGGACGGAUCCGGCUGUCAGAUCCUUCAGCUGUUCGCUGCUCCCUCCGCUCCCAGCCCGGGUGGCAACAGCCGGGAUUCCCUCCUCAUUCCCACCCGGAGCCAGACCCAGGCCAGGGACCAGGAUUCGCCUCCAGAGGGUCCGGGGGGAUUUGUGCCCAUCCCGUGGCAUUUGCUGGGGGGAGCUGCCGGAUGACGCCGGGAGCUGCCGGUGGGUGAGGGACCCCCCGGUCUCCGCAUGGAUGGGAAUGGGGAGACCUGCCGGCAGUAGGAGCCCAGGACAGCUGGAAAACCCCGGCCUCUUCCUCCGCACACUCCUCCUCCUCCUCCUCUGCAGGCAUGUCUCUUCCCAGUGCAAGAUCCUGCGCUGCAACUCGGAGUACGUGGCGGCGACGCUGCCCCUGCGCGGCCCCGGCCGGGGCGCCGCGUUCUGCACCGCGCUCCGCUCCUACUCCCGCUGCACCCGCCGCACCGCCCGCACGUGUCGCGGCGACCUGGCCUUCCACUCGGCCGUGCACGGCAUCGAGGACCUCAUGAUCCAGAACAACUGCUCCAAGGAAGGGCCCACGGCGCCGCCCCGGCCCCGGCCCCCCGCCCCCGAGCGCCAGGGCUUCGAGUCGCUCGACGUCUGCGACUAUGAGCGCAGUUUCCUCUACAAGCACGGCCGCCCGCCCGCCUUCCAGCACUGCGCCGCCUUCGGGGACCCCCACAUCCGCACCUUCCACCACGACUUCCACACGUGCCGGGUGGAGGGCUCCUGGCCGCUCCUGGACAAUGACUACCUGUUCGUGCAGGCCACCAGCUCGCCGGUGGCCAAGGGGUCCAACGCGACGGUCACCAGCAAGCUCACCAUCAUAUUCAAGAACAUGAAGGAAUGCAUCGACCAGAAGGUCUACCAGGCCGAGCUGGACAACGUCCCGGCGGCCUUCCAGGACGGCUCGGUGAACGGGGGCGCGCGGCCGGGCGGGAGCAGCCUGGCCAUCCGCGAGCGCGCGCCGGGGCGGCACGUGGAGAUCCGCGCCGCCUACAUCGGCACCACCAUCGCCGUGCGCCAGGCCGGCCGCCAGCUCUCCUUCUCCAUCCGCGCCGCCGAGGAGGUGGCCCGGGCCUUCACGGAGGAGCAGGACCUGCAGCUGUGCGUGGGCGGCUGCCCCCGCAGCCAGCGCCUGUCCCGCAGCCCCCGCGGGCGCGGGCGCGUGCCAGCCGACACGGCGCGGGCGCUGUGCCGGGAGAUGCUGCCCGUGGAGGACGUCUACUUCCAGUCGUGCGUCUUCGACGUGGUGACCUCGGGCGACGCCAACUUCACCAUGGCGGCCCGCGGCGCGCUGGAGGACGCCCGGCUCUUCCUGCCCGACGCCGAGAAGCUCCACAUCUUCCAGGCCGGGGCGAGCUGCCCGCGCGUGUCCUCGUCCCCCCUCCUCCUCCUCCUCAGCUCUGCUCUUUGGGUGGUUUUGUUGCACUUUUAACCCCCGCCCGCUCCGUGGGGGACCCGGGAGAGCGGCUGGCUCCGGAUCCAUGGCUGCGACCGGGAAAGACGCCUCACCUUGGAUCAGGGGUCUCCACAGCUGAAAGGAAUUGGAGGCCUGGACCACGGGAAAGGGGAGAGGUGACCCCCUGGUUUGCACUCACUGCUCUCACAUGGGUGGUGCCAGCUGAUCCCAGCUCCUCUCCUGAAGGCACAUCCCAGUUUUUUGGUUCGAUUCUCACGUGUUCCUUUUUCCCUAAGGAUGUGACGUUGCAGCAAAAUAAACACCCAGGGUUAGAAACCCCCUCUGCCCCUCAGAGCCUUCCCAUAACUCACUUCCCAUCUUUCUCCUGGUGUUAAUCCAGCAGAAUUUCAUUCAGGAGCCCUACAAAUCCAGAAAUAACGGACUCAAAGCCCAAAUCCCAGUUUUUAGCAGUUUGAUGGAUUUGGGACCCUUCACCCAGAAGCAGAGCAAGGCCAUGAGUCGGUUUUGGGAGCGUUGUGACCGAGGGGGGAACCAGUUUUGUCCAUCUCCUCCUCUUCCAGGAUCAACAGCAGGCUGAUCUCCAGCAGUGGGAGCUGUGGAGCAUCAGGCCUCCGAUAUCCCAGGCCACUGUUGCUAUUUUUCCUUGUUGUCUUGGCACCUGUUGCGGACUUGAUUUAGCCGGGUCUGGACUCGGGACCAGCAUCAGGUUUCAGGGAGGGAAAAAACCACCCCUUGGGAAUCUCUCUCCCUUGGGCCCAGAUUCUCUGCCACUCCUCAAAUCCAACCCAAAUGGGGGGUUUCGCUUGGAAAACAGAAUUCCUGAUGGCAAAGAGCCAGCUGGGCACAGGGAUGGGCAGGGGAACCCCCCGGGGAAGGUGCAGGACUGCAGAGGGGAGGGUGAAUUUCACAUGUUUCAGAGGAUUUCAAUAAAGCAGUCGGAAUUCUAAAGGAGAAAUGUUUUCCAUAGGAAAAACUUCCCUUUAUUUUUAACAAAGGAUUAAAAACUUGGCCAUCCCUGUCCCCAUGGAGCUGCAGGAAGAGCCUUGCAGCGCUCCAUGGGGAGAAAAUCCUUCAUGGGAAUAAGAUCCUCUGAAGGGAGAAAAUCCUCCAGAGCAGGGUUGAGAGUGCUGGAGCUCCUGGUAGAGAUGGGACUGGCCCCAUCCAGGAAUAUUAAAAGAAAGAAUCGAUUUUUAUACCAAAAAAAAAAUAUAAAGAUAUAGGUACAAAUUUAGAUCAAAAUCAAUGAAAUAAAUAAAAAUCAAUUCAACCCCUUC